AUUUUGUUUUGUUGCUGAAAUGUGGUUCUCAAUCCUAGCACGUGUUUUUGCAGUCAGUCCGGCCCCCAGUCCCCUUGUAUCUCUCAGAAAUGGCACCACCAAAGUACAGAGGGGCAAUUAACAUUAGCUUUCAACUCUCUAUUGGCAUAGGUUUCCUAUUGGCAAACCUCAUCAACUUUGGUACUGAGAAGAUUAAAAGUGGUUGGGGCUGGCGAAUCUCCCUAGCCAUGGCUGCUGCUCCAGCUUCAAUCCUCACAUUAGGUUCUCUAUUCCUUCCUGAGACACCCAACAGCCAAAUCCAGAAUGGCAAAGACUACGAAAAGGCCAAGCUUAUGCUGCAACGUGUCCGAGGCACCAAUGAUGUGCAAGCAGAAUUAGAUGAUCUCAUCAAAGCUAGUUCCAUAUCAAAAACCAUUACACCCAUGUAAGAAUAUCAUACAUAGAAAGUAUAGGCCUCAACUGGUUAUGGCUAUAACAAUUUCAUUUUUCCAACAAGUAACUGGAAUAAACGUCAUCACUUCUAUGCACCAGUAAUUUUUCGAACGAUUAGU